AUGUUUUCAUCGGGUAGCAGUCGUCGACCACUGAUUAGGUUAAAACUUUUCUCUUUUUGAGUUGAAGAAUAUGUUUCCCUCCAGUGUUGAUGAGAAUUUACCUUAAAAGCAUUUUUGAGCAGAAAUUGAAUAAUUUUUUUUUCAUUUCAGAAGCAAUUCUUCCUACGACCGUCCGCCAAUGAGAAAUUGGCCACUUUUUGUUUUUUUGAUCGGACUAGUAAGUUUUUAAUUCUUUCUCUUCCCCCCACAAAUUUCAAUGCAUACUGAUCUUUUUCAGGUUGUAUUUUUCUACGCGAUUUUCAUUUUCCAAGCUCAAUAUGCUGAGCUGAAAAUUGCGCACGAACAGAUCAAUGUUUUGAACUCGGAGUUGCUCAAUUCAAAGAAUAAAGUCGUUGGUCAGGAAAAAAGAAGUUUUUUUAUCUGAUAAAACAUUUUUUUCAGAUACGAAUGUAUUGUUGGAAAAAGGUGACUGCAAAUGAGAAAUCUUUAAAUGAACAACUUUCUUCGAUUAAAACUACUCAAGAAGGUUUUAUUAAGUCUGAAUUUUUUUGAUCUAAGUGGAUUUUUCACAGAGUCGUUAAAUUUUCGUCAUUAGAGUGUCUUUUCUUCAAACUAAGCCUCAGUUUUAAACUUUCAGAAUGUUCAACUUCUUUGAGGACGUCCAAACUGCGCGUUGAUAUUUUGGAAAAGGAGAACAGAGAAGCUGUUGAGGCAAAAAAGUUUGAAAACAUCCCUUUUUCAUCUCAAAAUUUUUCUUAAGAAAAACUUCAACCGAGUUCGAUGAACUUAAGAUUAAAGCAGAUGAUUUCGAGCGCAACAACACGGCCUUGACGAAACUCCUGGCGACGCAGGAAUCUCUGAUCACUCAUUUGAACCAAUCCGUCGCUAUGUUUGUUGCUCAUGCUUUCAAAAGAAAAAAGAAAAAUAAAAAAAUCGUUUUCAGGCUUCAAAAUGAAAUUUCCGAGAUAAGAAAGGGUCGCGAAACGACCGUCAUGAAGCUUCGUGUUUGUCCAACUUUCCUAUUAAAAAGAAAAUUAAUUUUUUCAGCCCCCAGAGUCAGUCACUCCAGCUGUUGUUAGCCCGGUUCUAUCAGAAAAAGCGGCUGAAGCGGUUAUUUUUUCUUCGAUUUUGAGGUUUAUGGUUGAUUUCCUUUAGCCCGCCGCUGCUGCUGCUGAAGUUGUGGAACAAGUUCAAAAUCCGAAUGUCGUUACUCCGGCCGUUGCUGACAAAUCUACCCAGACUGGUUUUGUGUUUCAGUUUCCAAUAAUAUUUAAGAAAUUGGUUAUAGAAUCCGACGUAAAAAGUGUAGUUCCACCGGUCCUUCCGAAAGUUAGCGGCGGAGAUUAUGUUGAACACGCUGGUAUGUUUUUUUUUUAAAGAAAUAUUAACUUUUGGAAUCAAAUCGAAAUUUUGAUGUGAAAGAAAUAAUAGUAGAUCUUCUGAAAAUGAGUAAUCAUUUUUCUUCAGAUGACACGGGAGACGCCGUCUGA